AGCCACGAUAAACUAGUUGGGAAAAUGUUCGGACUCGAUGUUUUUUUUUGCUGCAAAUAUAAUGCCUUGUGGUUGUGAACUUCAACUUGCGUGUGUAAACAAGCGGUACUAUUCAAGUUAUGAAUACCUGAGUUUACGCAACUGAUGGUACUGACAGCUUGAAUGCAUUCUGUAAAUAGUAUGUAAACGAACUAGAACAGCUAAAAAGAGUCUUGUCUCAACGUAAUCCAAUAGCAGGACUUUCAUCAUGACUAGAGGUGCCACUUAUCAUGCAAUCCGCUGCUAUCGCUGCGGUUUAUAUCAGGUGAAGCAAGUAAAAAAGAGCGGUAUCUUUCAGUGCUUCAAAUGUCGCGCCCAACAGAAAGCUGCAAAAGAAUUCUAUCGAGGAGCAUCGGCGGAGUGCCGGGAGGUGUGGCUACCAAUCGACCACAAGACUUAUGUUUUCGACUGAAUGUUACUUAUCGUGCAGGCCUUAAGUAAGGCAGCUCAUCUUGGUAAAAUUAGUUCUAUACCAGCUCCAAAUGAUUCCUACGAGGAGCCUGCUAGCCCGAAAAAGCACAAAAAAAACAGUGUUUCAUCCAAACUUAAGGACAAACCUAUUCACUUUCCCAAAACCGACGAUGAACUGAAACAGGUAGAACAAGAAGAAGACACUUUAUUCUCUUUCGAGUCAUCGGAACACGACUGUUCUCUUAAGAAUCUAGGUGAAUCAAAGAACUCAAAGUCCAACGACCCCAGUAUGAAUAGUCAUGAUGCUGAAAAGACGACUAAUACUAUCGACAGAAGUGCUUGGCGACGAAGGAGUUUCGAAAAGUUGGCUAAGUUCCGGCGUACGGCCGAAACAGAACUGAAUGCAGCAAAAUGCCGUGAGCGUGAAGUUAACGAAAAUGCUGGACUAGUCAAAGACGGUCAGCAUACCCUCGCAUCUCCAAAACACAAAGACGAAGAAAAAGGAGGAGCUUGGAUCAACCAAGAGGUACACUACAGCGAUACGAGUGAUCUCUUCAGCUUUAGAGAAACUGCUCAAAAAGUGGCAUUACAAUUUAUCGAUUGCACUCAGAUCGACGCGUCUGAGGCUGAGAAACCCAAACAUGACACAGAUGCAUCAGACAACGAUGAAGAAAUAUUUAAUUCGGUAGAAACGCCAAUACAAUAUAAAAAACAUAGAAAGUCCAGUGCUCAAAUGAUUCAAGCGAAUGACUCGCAACGAAAACUGUGUAAAGCUUCUUCAGCCUUCAAGGAGUGCCAGCUGAACGGCUUUGAAACAUCGACUGAAUCCACAGAAUGGGACGAAAUAGCAUCGCAGCCAAAAGAGUUCCGAAGUAACCCGGGACCGUCUGAGGAGGAUGAAUAUGAACUGUUUAACUUCAUGCAAACUCCGUCAAAAACUGAGAUUCCGACAGUUUUAUCAGAAAGUAGUCGUGAUACUCUGAAGAUGGCGGCGGUUGCGUGUCCACUAGAAACUGUAAUAGAUGACGACGAUGAUAUUUUUAAUGCUGUCACCACUCCUGAAAAUAAAUCUGGACCAAAAAAUAGCCCAGUGUUCAGGAUGAGUUCGGAACGAACUCUGAAGUCUAACACCUCAGAGGGCAGACUGGACUCAUCAUCUGCUAGAAAUAAGGAAUCACCCUCAUACAUUUUCAAGAACACUUCCACGUGUUCCAGUGUAAACCAGACCUGGCGUAGGAGAAGUUUUGCGAAACUGCUCAGGUUUAAAUAUGAAGCUGACGGGGAAAGUGAUAAGGUUGAAACCGAAAAGAUGACUUGUGAAUAUGAUUCCUUAUGCAGGCCUAGUGAGAACCUCGCGGUUCUAAGAAAAGAUCAAUCGCCAAGAUCCGUAGGAGACAAUUUAGCAUCGGUGACGGGUAUGAAACAGGAAGAAAGCAAUGCAGUUCAAGUGGAGGCAACGCGGUCAUCUCCGGCAGUCGUGAGUCGUGAAAAAAUUUUGAAAACUUUGGAAAGAUUCAAGGUGACGCCGUCACCGAAACGCAGGAAGGUUUUAUCAUAAAAUGAGACUAGCUCAUGUUUUUUUUUAUAUGAAAACAAUUAUAUCGGAUAAAGCUCCCCUGUUUUUUAUUGUGCUAAGCAGUGCGGGUAUGAUAUAUAUAUAUAUAUACGUCUGCGUCUAACUUGAUAAAAAAAAAAUAUGGAUAAUGAAAGGUCGAUUUGGUUCAUGUGAGGUCUCAAUAUAUUGUCCGGUUUUUAGCAAGUUGAGUUCGAUGAAAUGUUUAUACGGCGGCUGAGCCUGAACUCUGGAUUUAUAAACGAGUAUUCUUCUGCCUCAGAAGUCUGUCUGUGUGAAACGUUUAUGCACAAAAAUAAGUACAAGCAAUAUGCUGAUCUAGACGAAAAAGAUGUUCUUAGGUGGGAUAAGAGUAUAAGAUUUCUCACAAUUAGAAUUCUUUGUGUGGAUUUUAUAUAGUAGUGUGAUGUAUUUGUGAAUUAUGCAAAGAACUGAAGUGAGUGCACAUAAAGAUAAAUAUAAAUUGGUCUAUGAAGCCUAUUUUCGGCACAGCUGUCGCUUCACACCUAAGAGAAACGGCUCACUAAGUGGACAUUAACAUUUUAAUGCAAAAAAUGUUGAAACAAUAGUAAGUAUAGAAUAGAGAUAUUAAACACUUUGCUUCGGAAUAAGUUUAUUCAACGCUUGUCGAAAAUAUAUAUUUUGUCUUCUCUAUAGGCCCUAUCUUUAGAUCAUAUGAUUUACUAUGACAUUGUUGAUCUAUAACUCAUAUUGUGCUAUAAUGCAGUUAAUGACAUCAUUAUAUUAUUAUA